AUGGAGAGGCUCAAACAAGACGGCAAAGACGUGGAGUUGUUGAAGGAGAAGAUUUGCGCUAUGUUGGUGAAGACAAUAAUUGGCAUUCAGCCGUCUUUAGCACAUAUUUAUUCUUCUUGCCAUUCAGAAGACGAAACAGAUGGAAUGUGUUUUGAAUUGUUUGGGGUUGAUGUCCUCUUAGACCAUAAACUGCAGCCUUGGCUUAUUGAGGUCAAUCAUUCUCCUUCCUUUGCAACGGACAGCGCGCUCGACAAAAAGGUAAAAUUUGAGGUGAUUAGAGACGCCCUUCGCCUUGUUGGAAUUUCAAGUAAAAACAGAAAGAGGUUUUCCGCCUCUCAGAAGGGCAUUUUGGAGCGUAAUUCCUCGCUGCGUUCUUCUUCUGAAGUCAAGCAAAGUCGCAUGCAAGAACGAGAACAACUCAAAGCAGAGCUGGCUGUGCAGCGCACAAAAUGGGAAGAGAAACGCCUCGGUGGAUACACCCGAAUUUAUCCGACUCCGGACUCUGCAACAAAAUAUCAACAUUUGUUUGGAGCAGCCAACGAAAUAUGGGCCAAUUCAACGGGUGUUCUUCGCUCUAGACCGCUGUUUGAUAGCUUACACCGAAAACAACAAAACAACAACUCACCUCCAACAGACAAAACAAACACGGAACAAACACCAAGUGGACAGACACCCCAAACAUGCACGCGCGAAAGGGAGUCAGUGCAAGAAAGAGGAAGCUCCGCAAGCGCCCCGAGCCAAAGUAUCAACAGAAACGGGCUGCAAACCAGCAGAAACAGGGGAACAGCAAUCCCGCUCAGAAGCCGCAGCACCGUCGUACGCACCCUUGGUUGCUUGAAAGACAAGCCUUCACCAUGCGUUUCUUUCAUCUCCCAGCAGCAGCAGCAGCAGCAGCAACAGCAGCAGGAGCGGCAACAGUUGGCCAACCCUGAAGUGGAAAGCGCUUCAGCAUAUGUGGCGUCGACUCCUCCAGUGACGGAAGCUCCCCCGAUGUCUCUUUCUUCGUUUUGCACUGACGAAUUAAUCAACAAACAAACUGACUGCUCUGAGGCUCAGGCGUAUGCACACUGCAAAACUGAGGCGGCCCCGUCGCAAGCAUCUACCGAAGAACCUGAAACGGCAGAGACAACUAAAAGUGCCAGCUUCCCCCUGAGCAGCAGCUACUGCAGCUCCACCGCCCUGCCCUCCCUAUGCAAGCUAGGAAGCAGCACCAGCAACAGCAGUAGUAACAGCAGCAGCAGCAGCAGCGAGGCAACCCAUUUGCUGCUGAACCUCUCUUCUAAUGGGCAGAAGGAGGUACCGAGUUGCGUGCGACAGGGAGGCGGCCACAGGCUAGCGAAAUCUGAGGUGUACAGACAGUCUGAGCAGUACAGACAGUCUGAGGCGUACCGACGGUCUGGGGUGUACAGACAGCCAGAGGUGUACAGAGACCGCGGUGGGAGUAGAGGGCUGCCUAUGAACCUUUCGCGUGUUGAUGUGUCUUUCACUUUAGACUCCGACCAAAACCCAAAACAACACCAAAAACAAAAAACCCCUUCUGCAUGCACCACCCAGCAGCCCUCCAUGAGGAAAACUGCUUCGUUCUGCAGCACGAAGAGAAACAAAAUGCCAAUUAAAACAAAAUCCAACAAAUGCAAGCAAACCGUUUUGAAGUAA